GAGGAUCAGAGAGAGAAGGGGGAGAGGGAGAAGGAGAAGAAGUGAGGCACUGGGAGUGUUGUGUGAAAAAGAGUGCAGGCCAACGGGGGAAACAAAAGAGGCUGCGGCUGCAUUGACUGAGCUGGUGGUGUGGUCGUCUUCCGAAGCCACAAGGAAAACCACAUUAACCCUCCUCCUACUCCUUCGCCCGUCAGAGAGGGAAACCGACUGCGACAUUGUGAUAGCUGGGAGUGCGAAGUUGAAGUCUCGCAAGAGAGAGAGGGAGAGAGAGGGAGAGAGAGAGAGAAGGAAAGAGAGGGAGCGCUCCCCUGUGCCGGGUGUUCCUCCUCUCCGCGUCCUCACUAAGCGUCGAGUGCGCUGCGGUGUGGGACUGGAGAUAUAACCCCAGAACAAAGGAGUCUUGAAGCGAGGAAUGAGCGAGCCGAGACUAGCCUUGCCAGUGCUGUUGAAACCAGGCCAAAUGCCUCUCUGAGACCAACAAUAGCACCUCGGCUGCUCGCAAUUCCUCACGAAGCUUUCCGCCUCAAACGGGGGAGAAAGAAGACGAAGAGAAAUAGGAGAGAGCUUACACGGAGACGCACAAGUCGGCGGCGACUAUGUUUCCUCAAAACCGACCAUCGGCACCUUUGCAGCCACCACCUGGGUCCUCUGCAUCAGUGGUGGCAGCUGCAGCGGCGGCAGCAGCAGCAGCAUCGGGGACGCCCCAAUCCCUGAAAUUAACCUACCCAGAAACUUUGGAUCGCAUUAAGGAGGAGUUUCAGUUCCUCCAGACCCAGUACCACAGUUUGAAAAUGGAGUGUGAGAAACUGGCUACAGAGAAGACGGAGAUUCAGAGACACUAUGUUAUGUACUAUGAGAUGUCCUACGGCCUUAACAUUGAAAUGCACAAACAGACGGAGAUUGCCAAGCGGUUGAAUGUGAUCUGUGCUCAGCUCAUCCCAUUCCUUUCACAGGAGCACCAACAACAGGUGGUCCAGGCCAUGGAACGCGCCAAACAGGUGACCAUGGGGGAGCUAAAUGCUUCGAUAGGGGUACGUGGGCUCCCCCCUCUGCCUCAUAGCCAGCAGCUUCAGGCACAGCACCUCUCCCAGCAUGCCCAGGGUCUGUCAGUGGGCCCACACCCAUCAGGUCUAUCCCACCCGGGCUUGGCGCUUGGUGGAGGAUCCAGCCUGUUGGCCCUGUCUGGGGCUCUGGGGGCUCAGUUGGCUGCCAAGGAUGAGAGAGCCCACCUAGAGGCAGCAGCGGCUGCUGCUGCUGCUGCAGAGCAUCACAGAGACCGUGAAGCAGGACCAAGUUCUCUGUCCAACGGGGACAAGGGUCGUCAAGCAGACUACCUCAGCAACGGCAAGAAGAGGAAAGCUGAUGAGAAGGAGUUCAUGACAGACUACGGCAGUGAUGCGGAUAAGAGUGAUGAUAAUUUGGUGGUGGAUGAGGACCCGUCGUCCCCCCGCAGUGUGCAGUCCUACUCGUCCAGGGAGAACGGUUUGGACAAGAUGCCUCCGUCUCGUAAGGACGGUCCGGCCCAGGCCAGCCCCACCUCGCUGGCCUCCUCGAGCAGCGCCCCCUCUCCCUCCCGUGGAAAAGAGCCCCCACAGAGGGAGAAGUCCAGUACUCCAGGUAUGAAACCGGGGACCCCCAUGUCUCAGGAGUCCAACACUCCAGGACCAAGUGGACCACCGCAGUUCAGACCGGUUCCAGGAAAGCCUGGCGUUGACCCUCUUGCUCUGGGUCUCAGAAACCCUCUUGCAGUACAGGGAGCUUACCCUCCUGGGGCGUUCGGCCUUCCUCCUCCAGGGGUGAACGGGGACCUGCCCGGGGCGGCGGGUUACGGUGCAGGCCUCCACUUGGUUUCCCCCCAGAUGAACGGAGCUGCGGCAGCAGCAGCGGCAGCAGCUGCCGCAGGCUAUGGACGGUCUCCUGUGGUGGGCUAUGAGUCUCCACACCCACACAUGAGGGUCCCCGGGCUGCCUGCCAGCCUGCAGUCAGCUGCCUCCGGAAAACCCGCCUACUCGUUCCACGUGAGCGCAGACGGUCAGAUGCAGCCGGUGCCCUUUCCUCCCGACGCCUUGCUCGGCCCGGGAAUCCCUCGCCAUGCGCGACAGAUUCACACCCUGAACCACGGGGAGGUCGUGUGCGCUGUCACCAUCAGCACCUCGACACGCCACGUCUACACUGGAGGAAAAGGCUGCGUCAAGGUUUGGGACAUCAGCCAGCCGGGCAGCAAGAGCCCCAUGGCCCAGCUGGACUGUCUGAACAGGGAUAACUACAUCCGCUCCUGCAAGCUGCUGUCUGACGGGCGAACCCUGAUUGUUGGCGGGGAGGCCAGCACGCUGUCAAUCUGGGAUUUGGCCACACCCACCCCACGCAUCAAGGCAGAGCUGACCUCAUCCGCCCCUGCCUGCUAUGCCCUGGCCAUCUCCCCUGACAAUAAGGUCUGCUUCUCCUGCUGCAGUGACGGCAACAUCGUCGUCUGGGACCUUCACAACCAGACGCUGGUCAGGCAGUUCCAGGGCCACACAGACGGAGCGAGCUGCAUCGACAUCUCCAACGACGGCACCAAGCUGUGGACGGGAGGACUGGACAACACAGUGCGCUGCUGGGACCUGAGAGAGGGACGCCAGCUCCAGCAGCAUGACUUCACCUCACAGAUCUUCUCUCUGGGCUACUGUCCGACAGGCGAGUGGCUGGCUGUCGGAAUGGAGAGCAGUAACGUUGAAGUCCUGCACGUCUCCAAACCUGACAAGUACCAGCUGCACCUUCACGAGAGCUGCGUGCUCUCCCUCAAGUUUGCCUACUGCGGUAAAUGGUUCGUGAGCACAGGCAAAGAUAACCUCCUGAAUGCAUGGCGGACACCGUACGGAUCAAGCAUAUUCCAGUCUAAGGAAUCGUCAUCAGUUCUCAGCUGUGACAUCUCCCCCGACGACCAAUUCAUUGUCACCGGCUCCGGGGACAAGAAGGCUACAGUCUAUGAAGUCAUCUACUGAACUUUGAUUGGCUGACAAAGUAAACACUAAUAAUCAGGGGGCGGAGCCAAGGCUCCCUCCUGCACCAAUGACUGUACAGAGCAUCGGCGAAAUGAAAAAGCAAGAGACACUUAACUCGUACUUUGUUGUUUUGUUUACGUUUGUGAAAGAAACGAGAGAGCGAGAGAAAGAGAAGCAAGGGGGCACAAAGUCACAUCUCUGGAAAAAAAAAAAAACCUGAACAUUGUUUUUAAUGCUCUGAGAAUGCUGGUUAGUCUAUUCCUCCAAAGAACUUCUAAUUUUGUUUCCUUUUUUUCUGUUUUUUUGUUUUGUUUUUUUUUUAAACAAAAUAAAACCUCUGUAGAGAACCAAGAAAUUAGCAAAACGUAUUUUUUUAGCUUUUGAAUUUUUCGCAAACUGUUGGGACGGCGUCAAGAGGCAAAAAUACACACGAUUUAAGGAUUCACGGAUUUCAGAAUUGUGGGUGAGUUUUCAAGAAAGGCUGGAAAAAUACACUCAUUCUCUGCUGUGUCAAAAAAAAAUUAAAUAAAAUGAAAAAUAAAGUCCCGGUCUGGGUCAGUCUGGCCGGGUCCACAGCACGGGGCUGCCCCCCCGGGGCGGCAGAUGUGUGGCAGAUGUGUGGCAGAUGGCCGAACGGUUUGCUGUGAGGUUCCAGCUAUUUUUUCCUUUCUUUCUCCUGAUCAAGUUUCAGCAGCAACAUGAUUGUAUCAUCUCCGCGACAUACCGGACACAACAGAGCUCAGUUGUGUCUCCCCCCCCCCUCCCCUCACAAAAGAACAAAGGUAAACUUAUUCAUGGGAUGUUUUUAAGGAAACCAGCCUGGACCCACAACACAAAAAAAAACACACCACCCAGUGGACAGAAAGCUGAAAUCCGUUAAAACAACUUCAGUUUCAGGAACAUGGUCUUCAUCGUUAACACUUGACAUUAAAUGUGAUUUUUUCUAUUGUAUUUGUUAGGGCACAUAUAGGCAGACAGGUAUUUUCACAACUGCAUCAUGAACCUUGAACCUUGCUAUAUAUGAACAUGUAAAUAAAGUUCUCUAAAGGCAAACAACCUG